AUGGCAGCGGGACAAUCCGAGCAGGUUUUGCUGGAGAAGAGAUUCCAUCAUGUUAUUUCCCCUCAUUUGUCGGCCGCCCCAAACACCCCCCGAGUGAUGGCAGGUGGUCUGGAAGGAGACUCGUUCAUCGGAUCCCGCGCACAAGAGCUGCGGGGACUGUUGAAGAUCCGAUAUCCGCUUGAGCAUGGAAUUGUCACCAAUUGGGAAGAUAUGGAGUCAAUUUGGCACUAUGUGUACGAGAACGAACUGAAAACACUCCCCGAAGAACACCCCGUCCUUCUCACAGAACCGCCAUUGAAUCCGCGCCAAAAUCGUGAUAUUGCGGCUCAGCUGAUGUUCGAGGCUUUCAAUGUCCCUGCCUUGUAUAUGUCUAUCCAGGCUGUGCUGUCACUAUACGCGUCUGGUCGUACAACCGGUGUGGUUCUGGACUCCGGAGAUGGUGUCUCCCAUGCGGUGCCCGUUUUCGAAGGUUUCGCUAUUCCAAACAGUAUUCGCAGAAUCGAUGUCGCUGGUCGUGAUGUUACAGAGCAGAUGCAAGUGUUGCUGCGGAAGGCUGGGCACGUACUGCACACGAGUGCUGAGAAAGAAGUGGUGCGCAUGAUCAAGGAGAAGGUCUGCUACGUGUCGCUGGACCCGAAGCGGGAAGAGAAGGAAUGGAUGAACAACUACCACAAGUCCGAUGCCAAAGCGGUGGACUAUGCUCUUCCGGAUGGUCACAAAAUCAAGAUUGGCCAAGAACGUUACCGCGCGCCUGAAAUCCUCUUCGACCCCGAGCUCAUCGGACUCGAAUAUCCUGGUGUGCACCAAAUUGUCCAAGACGCCAUCACCCGCACAGAUCUUGACCUCCGCAAAUCGCUAUAUCUCAACAUUGUGCUCUCUGGUGGAUCAACGCUGUGCAAGAACUUCCCCGAUCGGUUGAUGCGUGAGAUCAAGAGGCUGGCAGUUGAGGACAUGAAGAUUCGAAUCUCCGCGCCUGCCGAGCGGAAGUACACCACGUGGAUUGGAGGUAGCAUUCUUGCUGGUCUGAGCACGUUCAGAAAGAUGUGGGUAAGCGCAGACGAAUGGCAUGAAGACCCUGAGAUUAUUCACAAGCGAUUCGCAUAA